GACUUUCUACCAGUUUGAGACGGCGUGGGAUAGCUCCAUGCACAACUCACUGCUGCUCAACCGCGUCACCCCGUACCGGGAGAAAAUCUACAUCACCCUUUCUGCCUAUAUCGAGAUGGAGAACUGUACUCAGCCCGCUGUCAUCACCAAAGACUUCUGCAUGGUUUUCUACUCCCGGGAUGCCAAGCUUCCUGCCUCCCGCUCCAUCCGCAACCUUUUUGGCAGCGGCAGCCUGCGGGCUUCCGAGAGCAACCGCGUGACGGGAGUCUACGAGCUCAGCCUCUGCCGCGUGGCUGAUGCUGGCAGCCCAGGCAUGCAGAGACGGCGCCGGCGUGUGCUGGACACUUCCGUAGCCUACGUGCGGGGCGAGGAGAACCUGGCUGGCUGGGGGCCCCCCCGCCCCCGCAGCGACAGCCUCAUCCUCGACCAUCAGUGGGAGCUAGAGAAACUCAGCCUCCUGCAAGAAGUGGAGAAGACAAGGCACUACCUGCUCCUGCGUGAGAAGCUGGAGACGACUCAGCGCCUGGGCCUGGAGACCCUGUCCCCCUGCUCCAGCGAGGAUUCCGAAUCCCGAAGCACAUCCUGCGUCUCCUCCCCGCUUUCUGUCGACGGGGCCCCCGAGAGCCGCACCUCUCCUCCCGAGACCCCCAGCGAGAGGCAGAAGGAGCUGGCCGUGAAGUGCUUGCGCCUGCUCACGCACACCUUCAACAGAGAGUACAGCCACAGCCACGUCUGCAUUAGCGCCAGCGAGAGCAAGCUAUCCGAAAUGUCUGUGACCCUGAUGAGAGACCCCUCCAUGCCAGUUCUUGGCGUCACUACUCUCACCCCCUCCUCAACCUGCCCGUCACUGGUGGAAGGACGUUACAACGCCAUGGAGGUCAGACCCCCCCAGGUUUCCUCCAGGGCAGAGAGCCCUGACCUGGAGCCUGCAGUAGAAGGAGAGCAGAAGAAGUCCCCAGCCUGCCGUCCUGAGGAGGAGAAGGAGCCCCAGCGCUUGCUCGUGCCUGACAUCCAGGAGAUCCGGGUCACCCAGGAGAUCCGGGUCAGCCCCAUCGUCUCCAAAAAGGGCUACUUGCACUUCCUGGAGCCCCACACCAAUGGGUGGGUGAAGCGCUUCGUGGUGGUCCGGCGCCCAUACGUCUACAUCUACAACUCGGACAAGGAUGCGGUUGAGAGGGCCAUACUCAACCUCUCCAAGGCCCAGGUGGAAUACAGUGAGGACCAGCAGGCCAUGCUCAAGACCCCAAACACAUUUGCCGUGUGUACGGAGCACCGGGGCAUCCUGCUGCAGGCAAGCAGUGACAAGGACAUGCACGACUGGCUCUACGCCUUCAACCCCCUCCUGGCUGGGUCCAUAAGAUCCAAGCUGUCCAGAAGGAGAACAGCCCAGAUGAGAAUCUAACCUGAAAACCACCCUCCACCUCAUCCGUCUGCCAACAGGAUCAAGAUAGCUGAUUCUGUCUCAAGACUCCCCAUGUUAAUGUCUGAUCUCUCACACCAUCUGCUGCCCCAGCUGUCUGCUCCAUGGAAGGAUCCGUCUCAAUUCACACCUUCACGGGGGAAAACUCACUUCCGUUCGUAGUUGCAAAAGCCUGGACCCGCCUGGGCAGGAUUUCUCGUGCACGUGCCAUUUUCUGCCUGUCCCCCCAUGAGUGACCUUCAUGUCACAUCAUCUGUAACGCUCCAGAAAGGUCCUUGGUGGAGGGGAGGGAGCGAGGAGGGCAGUUUCAGCUAAAAGCUGGUCUUUGCUCUACAGAGGUGGCAGUGUGGUAAAGCUCAGAGGUGGGAGAGCAGGAGGAAUUGCCUUCACAUGAAGGGAAAGUGGUAGUUUAGGUACAGGGAUUUAUUUCCUAGUUUACUGGUGUUUCUGCAA